AAAAAAGAAAAAAAAAAAAAGAAAAAAAGAAGAAGAUGGGCUUGUUGGGGAUUUUGCUAAUGGGCUUGCUCUCAGUGUUGUCAUCCGUUAAAGGCUACUACCAUGGAGGAGGUUGGAGCAGUGGUCAUGCCACUUUCUAUGGUGGAGGAGAUGCUUCUGGGACAAUGGGUGGGGCUUGUGGUUAUGGAAACCUAUAUAGUCAAGGUUAUGGGACUAACACAGCAGCACUGAGCACUGCAUUGUUCGACAAUGGGUUGAGCUGUGGGGCAUGUUUCGAGAUCAGGUGCGUCAAUGACCCUCAGUGGUGUUUGCCUGGCACCAUUGUCGUCACCGCCACUAAUUUCUGCCCACCAGGUGGUUGGUGUGAUCCUCCAAACCAGCAUUUCGAUCUCUCUCAGCCUGUCUUCCAACGCAUUGCUCAGUACAGAGCUGGGAUUGUUCCCGUCUCUUACCGAAGGGUAAGAUGCAGAAGAAGUGGAGGAAUAAGGUUCACAAUCAACGGGCAUUCAUACUUCAAUCUGGUGCUCAUAACCAAUGUUGGAGGUGCUGGAGACGUUCAUGCGGUGGCCAUCAAAGGUUCGAGAACUAGGUGGCAAGCAAUGUCAAGGAACUGGGGCCAAAACUGGCAGAGCAAUUCCUACCUCAAUGGACAAAGCCUCUCAUUUCUUGUUACAGCCAGUGAUGGACGCAAAGUGAUUUCAUAUAAUGUUGCUCCUGCUGGCUGGUCAUUUGGACAGACAUACACUGGAAGCCAGUUUCGCUAUUGAUUAAUUAAUCAGUCUCUCUGCCUUAUUUGGCCCCUUUUUCUCAACUUUCUAUAUAUCUCUGCUUGUGUAGUAUGUAUAUGGGGAAAAGGCAUAUAUGCAAUAUGAAUAUGCAUAUAUGCAUAUUUGUUGCUAAAAUCUGAGGUUUUAGCGAGAAAAAAAAGUAUAGAUAAAAAAGAGUUAGCCAGCAAUUAUAAUUAGGGUACAAAUGAGAAAAAAGGGGUUUUGCUUUAAAAAUGACCUCUUUUUCCAUUUGCUGUUGUUGAUCAUGAUUAAUGGAUUUGAUUUGAAUCUUUCUGAAAGCUUAUAUCUAUAUAGCCCUCGUGCUGGAGAGGAAGAGAUUUUGCUUUUCAAGCAAUUUGGUUUGGAAUUUGUUGAAAUAUUAUGAAUGAUAAUAUUUAAUGAUAUAGAAGGCAGAAAGCCUAUUUGCUUUGCUUA